GACUUCCUGAAAGGUUUGGAUCCAAAGCUCCCUCAGGUCAGUGGCUGUGACUAUUCCCCUCAGAUAGGGCAGCCCCCAGGCCAGGGGCUACGUCUCCUCCCACAGACUUGGAAUAAUCCCAAGAGACCUGGGGGGCUCCCUCAGGGCCACAUUGUACGCGGUAGGGGAGGGUGUCCCCCGCAUCUCUCCACCCUCUCCCUGGGACCCAAGAAUGCUGGAUGGGGGGCCAGACCAGCCCCAGGCUCUGGGCCUGUGGAGCCUUGUUCCAGGCCCUUUCUGGCUCCCGGGCUGGGUUCUCCGGACUCUCCCCAAGAACGAGCUCAGCCACCUAGUUGUGGCUGAGGGUGGAGAAUCCCCCUACCCCGGGGUUGCGGCUCCAGUACCACCUUUGUUUCUAACAGACAAUGGGCUGCUAAGAAGCCCUUGUGCUCAGGCCAGGCUUGGGAUGCCCUCGGUGCGUCCAGCUUGAGCCCUGGGCGCCUGGUACAGAGACUGGGCUUUUGGCUCUGACUUAAAGAGCCAGGGGCCCAGCUGCCCUUUAGCCUGGCUAUAAAGGGCUAUAAAGGGCUACCUGGGGCCUCUGUGCAAACCAGACCCUGCGCAUGACUUGUGGACACCAUGGCCGCCCCCACCACCAGCAUCCACCGGCUUUCCACUUCCGACUCCGUCAAGGGCCUGUGUGUGCCCGGUUGGGGGUUUCUCUCGAUGUCUUCCAUCCGUGUUGGGGGUGCCUGCCGGCCCGCCAGCCUCCUGGGAGCCAGCAGCUCUGGCAACAUGUCUGUGUCCUCGUCCCGCUUCUCUGUGGGCACGGGGGGCAGCGAGAAGGAGACCAUGCAGAACCUCAGCGACCGCCUGGCCUCCUACCUGGGCAAGGUGUGCGCUCUGGAGGAGUCUAAUGCCUACCUGGAGGUGAAGAUCCACGACUGGUACAAGAAGCAGGGCUCCGGGCCCGCCCUCGACUACAGCCACUACGUCAAGACCAUCGAGGACCUGUGGAGCACGAUCCUGGUGGCCACCAUCUACAAUGCCAACUUGGUGUUGCAGAUUGGUAAUGCCCGCCUGGCAGCCGAUGACUUCCGUACCAAGUAUGAGAUGGAGCUGAACCUGCGCAUGAGCGUGGAGGCCAACAUCAACGGCCUCCGCAGGGUGCUGGACGAGCUGACCCUGGCCAGAGCCGACCUGGAGAUGCAGAUUGAGAACCUCAAGCAGGAGCUGGCCUACCUCCGGAAGAACCAUGAGGAGGAAGUGAAUGCCCUGCGAGGCCAGGUGGGUGGUGAGAUCAACGUGGAGAUGGACGCCGCCCCCGCUGUGGACCUGGGCCGCAUCCUGAAUGAGAUGCGCGACCAAUACGAGAAGAUCACGAAGAACCGCACGGACGCCGAGGACUGGCUCUUCAGCAAGAUGGAGGAGCUGAACCGCAAGGUGGCCACCAACACCGAGGUCCUGCCGAGCAGCUGGGCAGAGAUCACGGAGCCACGCCGCACCGUGCAGAACCUGGAGAUCGAGCUGCAGUCCCAGCUCGGCGUGAAAGCGUCGCUGGAGGGCAGCCUGGCAGAGACCGAGGCGCGCUACGGGGCCCAGCUGGCCCAGCUGCAGGGGCUUAGCAGCAGCAUCGAGGCCCAGCUGAGUGAGCUCCGCUGCGAGAUGGAGCAGCAGAACAAGGAGUACAAGAUGCUGCUGGACGUGAAGACGCGGCUGGAGCAGGAGAUCGCCACCUACCGCCGCCUGCUGGAGGGCCAGGACGCCCACCUGGCCACCCAGUACUCCUCGUCCCUGGUCUCUCAGCCCACCCGGGAAGCCGUGGUGACCACCCGCCAGGUGCGUACCAUUAUAGAGGAAGUCCAGGACGGCAAGGUGGUCCCCUCCUGCGAGCAGGUCCAUCGCUCCCCGCACUGAGGCCCCGUCUACCUGCGACAGCCCAGCCUCCAGGGUCAAGGGGCAGCCAUUGCCUGCAGCUCCCAGCACACUACUGCCGUGCCCCAAGUGCCCGUCUGGGCCACCGCCCAAGAGCGGUUGCCUUUCUUUAUCUGCUUCCCACAGCCCCUCACCAAGGGGACCUCCUUAGUUUGCCCCAGUGACUGCAAUUAAAGCUUUGCUUGAAGUUCAAUG